AUGUCUGAUCUCGAGAGUUAUCGUUCUGAUACGUCACAUUCAAGAGACGUUUUGGGAAGAUCAGGUACCCCUGAUGACCAGCAUUUGAAUGACCAUAGAAACCAACCUGCCUCUUUACCCCCUAGGAAACUUAGUGUUAGUGAAGGUGCUCCCACUGGUAGUGGUCGUCACCAACUGAGUAUGGGUUCUUUGAGAAGGGAUUAUCUUAUUGGACAACAUGAUGAUGAUGAUGAAGAAGAUGCCUCUAACUUUGCUCAACAACCCCCAGUUCCAAUCUAUAAACCUCAAUUGUCUAAUCGUUCAAGCUCAAUGCAUCCUCCUACACCUUUGAUUACUUCAACCAGUGGUGGUAUCCUUAUGAACAAACUGGGUGGGAAUGCCCCUGCUUCGACUUCUUCCACGGCUCCCAGUAGAAAACAUAGUGUUGUCGCAGGACCUUUGUCUGGUGGUGGUACUGGUAAUGAAAGAAGUAAUACCUUGAAUGCUCCUCCUUCAUCAGGAAGACGUCCUUCUUUUGACAAUGAUGAUGGUGGCCAUAACUUGUCCAAGGUUCGUACUGUUGAUACUGUUGCUUCUUCUCGGCACAGACGUCCCUCUAAUGCCACCAGCGAAAGUGAAGUUGAUUCUAGAGCCCUGCGUUCGUCUCAAGAAACAGAAGAAGACGUUUGUUUUCCUAUGGUCAGAGACCAUGUCAGAGUAAAGGGAAUUGAUUUUGAUGAGAUUGAAGAGUUUAUUAACAGUGAACGUGAAGAACAAAUUUACAGACAACAUCAAAUGGCUAUGAAUACUGAUAUCUUGAAACGUACUACUACUUCUGGUGGUGUAAUUAAACGUUCAGGUCUGCAAGAUGGAAAGCAAACAGGAGGAUUCUUGGAGAAAAUCAGAAGCAGAGCCCAAAACAUUGUUUCCUCUGCUACAGGUGGUGAUAAUGUAGUUGCUUCUGAUGUUUCCCAAAACCUUCCUGGUGCCAUUCCAACUGAUCCAUUGGCAAAUGACAAUAUUUCCAUCCAAUCGUCAGCCAUUUCUCGUUCCAGCUCUCAUGACGAUGACAUUUUAUUUAUGGAAAAGAAGUCAACCAACAGAUUCCCAGGAAUAACUUCUCAAAAAGUAGUCAAUGAUACUUCUUCAUCUGAUAACGUGAACUUUGGAGGAACUACAAUUACUGAAGGUGGCCCAACAUCACUUCCUGAUCGGUUUUCGUUCUUCACAUCUGAUUCCGAUGAAACGGUUCAUGCUCCUGAUAUGCAAUCGCUUUUAGCUCCUGGUGAAACCGUUCGCGAAUUGUUCAAGAAUGGCGAAUGCACUUGGUGGUUAGAUUGUAGUUGUCCUACGGAUUCGGAAAUGAAAAUGCUUGCUAAGGCCUUUGGUAUCCAUCCAUUGACUGCUGAAGAUAUUCGUAUGCAAGAAACCCGUGAAAAGGUUGAAUUAUUUAGAAACUAUUACUUUGUGUGUUUCCAUACUUUUGAACCCGAUAAGGAAUCCGAAGAAUACUUGGAACCCAUUAACGUUUAUAUUGUUGUCUUCCGUGAAGGUAUCAUGACCUUCCACUUUUCUCCUAUUCCUCAUGCUGCCAACGUCAGAAGAAGAGUCAGACAAUUGCGUGACUACGUUGACGUCUCAGCAGAUUGGAUUUGUUAUGCCAUUAUCGAUGACAUUACCGAUGGGUUUGCUCCUGUGAUUCAAAGUAUUGAGUAUGAAGCAGAUGCAAUUGAAGACUUGGUAUUGUUCAACUCUACUGAUUUUUCAACCAUGUUGCGUCGUAUUGGUGAAGCAAGGCGGAAAGUGAUGACGUUGAUGAGAUUGCUUUCAGGUAAAGCUGAUGUGAUUAAGAUGUUUGCUAAGAGAUGUCAAGAUGAGUUUUCUAAUCUUCCACCAAACUAUAUUCCUUCCAAUGUCAACUUAUCUUCUGGUUAUCCAAGUACUCAAGUUGCUUCUUCGCCUCCACCAACCGGCACUGGCACUGGUACCGGAUACCAUCAUUCUUCGUCUGUGUCUUUGAAUGCUCAAAACUCAGCAGCAGCAGCUAAUGCAGGUACGCAUUCUUAUAGCUCUGUUGGUGGGAAUGCAAACCCAGGAGUUCAAUUUGGACCUGGACCAGGAGCUCAUGGCAACUUCCAAUACCUGCUUCCCAACCAAAUAUACAGAGCACAACCACGUGCCGAUAUUGCAUUGUAUUUGGGUGAUAUUCAAGAUCACGUUGUCACUAUGUUUCAGAACUUGGUGGCCUAUGAAAAAAUCUUCUCUAGAGCCCAUUCCAACUAUUUGGCCCAGCUUCAAGUUGAAUCGUUCAAUGCCAACAAUAAGGUGACCAAGAUGUUCUCUAAGAUUACUCUUUUGGGUACUAUUCUUAUUCCUUUGAAUCUUGUCACUGGGUUGUUUGGUAUGAACGUGACAAUCCCAGGUGAAACUUCUCUGCACCCAGGUUUAGGCUGGUUCUUUGGUAUCGUGGGUGUUAUGAUAUUCUUCAUCACUGUGUCUACAUACUUAUCAUCCCUUUGGUUGAAGAGUGUCAAUGACACCGAGACCACAAACGUUGCUGGGUCUUCUAGAUCAAUAAAGAGCUUGAAGAGCCUCGGCUUGAGAUCCAAAAAGAAACUGGGUCCCGCAAAGUCUAUCAUUAGUUUUCCUGACAAAUAUGAUUAA